GCACCUCUUCUCCCACAGGUGGUGGCGCGCGCGGGCGGGCACGCACGCACGGGCACGCAUGCACACCGGGCCCGCAGGGUGCCCGGGGGCGCGCCCUGGGCGCCAGGUGCGCUGGGGCCGCCCUGCCCGGCUCCUGCCACCUAUGGGCGUGUCCCCCAGGUGCUCCAGCGUGAGCCCGGCGGGAGGAGCAGUACCCGAGGAUGUUCUACCUGUGCUGGGGUGUGUCCCGCUCGGCCUCCAGCGCGCCUGUCUGCCUCUGUCUGUCAGCCUGUCCUCACAGCUAUGCGCCUGUCUGUGCUCAUUUGCCUCCUUGUCCCUGACUGGAUGUGGCGCGGAGCAUGGCUGUUGUGGACUGAAUGUACCUGUGCCUUUGUGUUGGGUGCCUGCCGCUGCAUGCUCGGGUCUACCAUCUUUGCGCCUGUCUGUACCAGAGGAGUGUGCCUGUUUGUGUGCUAUGACUCUGGGUUUUCCGCUGGCAGAGCGCCCCAGGAGUGUCCUGACCUCAUGUCUGUGUGCCCAGCUGAGUGCGUGUGUGGACGUGUGUGUGUGCCUUUGCAUCUGAGCAUGUCUGUGCCUGUGGGAUCCGCUGACACCUGCCUGUGACCUGUGCCUGGCAUUCUUGCACGUUGCUGGGCAUGGCCGUGUGGUGGAUUUCGUGCAGUUGUCGAUGUCCCUGUGACUGCCCCUAGGAGCCCGGCUCUCCGUGGAUGUCACGGCGUGCGUGCCUGUGGGCGCCCUGCGUCUGCGUCCUGGAGUGUGGCUGCGUCCAGGGGCUGCUGGCGCUCUGCCUGCCUCGGCUUCACUCCCUGCUGCCUGAGCGAGCUGACACCUGCUCCCUGAGCACUGGGCCCCUCCCCCCACCUGGCAAGGACAGAGAAGGACACGGAGACAGAGGCAGCCAUGGAGGUAGAGACGGAGACACGGAGGGGCACACAGAGCCGAGCAGGCUGCAGAGGUGGAGACCCGCUGUCACAGGGUCAGCCUCUGAGCCCAGGGCCCACAGGAGGCACACGGAGAUGCCAGCAUCAGGGAGAGAGGGCAGCCCCAGAGCACCAAGUCCGGAACUGCUGAAACCGCACAGACGAGGCUGUGCCUCCCGCUCCCCCCUCUGCAGUUUCCAGCCCCAGCUGUGCCUCCCCCAUAGAGCUAACACACAAUUCUCCUGGCCCUGGGGCUGGAACCCAGCCUCUGCCUCACAGCUGGCCGUGUGUGUGUGCACACAUGUGUGUAUGUGUGUGUGUACUGCCUCAGUGUGGCCUUCUGGGCUGGUGCCUAGCUUGCACACAGCCCUCACGCAUCAUAACCCCUCCACAUGCAUUGUCUGCAUUUUCAAAGACCUGGAUGGUGUACACCUUUACACACAUGCCACAGGGUCAGCCACACUCAUUCAAACCCGGAAACGUGCCCUGGGCCUCCUCCCUCAGUCAUACCUGCACAGAGGGCCAGGCGUGUGGAGAGACACACCUGUCGGCAGGUCCGCUGUUCACCGGUCAGCAACUCUCAGACCCCUGGGCUCACAGCAGAAGACACAGCACCACACUUGUCAAUGCUAUCAGACUGUACACUCAAAGGCAGGCCCUCUGUCACCUCCACUGUUGUGUCAAGGGCCUGGGACAGUGCUUGGUGACUUGUAGGUGAUUAAGAAAUAUAUGCAAGGCCGGCGCCGCGGCUCACUAGGCUAAUCCUCCGCCUUGCGGCGCCGGCACACCAGGUUCUAGUCCCGGUCGGGGCGCUGGAUUCUGUCCCGGUUGCCCCUCUUCCAGGCCGGCUCUCUGCUGUGGCCCGGGAGUGCAGUGGAGGAUGGCCCAAGUGCUUGGGCCCUGCACCCCAUGGGAGACCAGGAGAAGCACCUGGCUCCUGCCUUCGGAUCAGUGCGAUGUGCUGGCCGCAGCGCGCCGGCCGCGGCGGCCAUUGGAGGGUGAACCAAGGGCAAAAAGGAAGACCUUUCU